CCUCCGCUCAGCCCAGAACCAGAACCAGAACAGAACCCGACAGCAUGUCCUACAGCCUCAGCUCCCGGUCCCUCUCCUCCCGCUCCCUGGGCGGCUGCCUGCGGUUCCCGUCCUCCUCCUGCGGCUCUUUCUACCCCGGCAACUCCUGCUCCGGCAACUUCUACCCUGGCAACACCUGCUCCGGCAACGUCUACCCCGGCAGCGCCUGCUCUGGCAAUGUCUACCCCGGCAACGUGGCAUACGCCCAGGGCACCUGCCAGCAGGACUCCCCGCCCUACGGCUGCCAGGAGACCUGCUGGGAGCCCGCCGGCUACCAGGCGCCCUCCUACGGCCGCAGGUCCUCCUCGCUCCGCCGGUCCUACGGGGCCACCUGCCCGGGCUCCCUGGGCUGCGGCAGCACCGGCCUCGGGCCUUUUGGUUACGGAGGCUCCGCUGCCCAGUCCCCCGGCUGUGGUGCCGGCUACUGCCGUCCCACCUACUUCUCGUCCAGGACCUACCAGGGCCCCUCUUUCCAGCCGGCCUGCGGCUCGGGCUGCUACGGACAGACUUACUGACGGGCUCUGACCCACGGGGACGGGGACGCCCGCGCCUGAGCAGCACCCCUGGACGUCCGGCCUC